AUGAGCGAGACAUCACAAGAAAGCGAUUUUAAUAAUGUUGUUCAUCGCGUUUGGAAUGCGCUUGAUGUUGCCAGACGGGAACUGGCGUCGCAGAGGGACGAAGACAACCUGCUGAGAGCCACAAGGAGCACAUUUAGGAGGCGAAGAAGAGCGGGUCCGAUGGCAGAAGCACAAGCACCUGUAAAUAGGCCAAGUGGAGUUUGGAAAGUGAAGCUCUUCCUGCUGCCAAAUGCUGACCAAAUUGUCCUUCCGCCUCAUGCAGAAUGCAGAAAACUAACCAGAGUGGGCUUAGGGAUCCCGAGUCACGAUUUGCCAGGGGAAGGCUCACAAAGAUGUUAUGCACAACUUUCCUGGACUCUCCCAGAGUUUAAUAAUUACAUUUGCCAAAGCUUUCCCACAGUUAGCCUGAAUGUAAUUGGAUUUCAUCUCGCCAGAGUGGACAAGUCCAGGGUUCUGAGUAAAAUUCAGGCAAAUACACUGGAGGAGGUGAAGAGAUCAGUUGGCAGAAGCAGGGUGUAUAUUAUUCCCCAGACCAAUAUUACACUGCCACAGAUCCCAGGACCUGAAAGAACUCGUACCCUGCCAGAAACAUCUCCACCUGAUGGACCUGAGUCUCUACCUGCUUCUUCAUCAUCCACACCACCAAUGGCCACACCCACUACUUCACCAUCAGCCGUCAGACCAGCAGUCUCACCUGCUGCCCCCCCAGCAAUUCAUGUAGGUCCAGCCCUGUCCCCCGCACCAUCAGCCAUCAGACCUCCGGCCUCACCCGCUGUCGCCCAGGUCACACCGCCUGCUCCUACAGCACCCAUCGGCAUGCCACCGGUCACAUCUAGUGCAAGUUCCCAGUCCCCUCCCCUUGGCGUCAUGUCCCUGUCUUCGACGAUGGACGGUGAUGCGGGAUCACCGAGGACAGACACGAACCUAUCACUCGAGGCAAGUUUGGAUCCUGCACAGUGGGUGAACGCUGGCACCCCAGAGGUCUUUUACAGAAGGGCCCGUAUGGAACCACUCAACAGGACUCCUGUCAAUGACCUUGUUAUUGCGGACCCUGAGGAAGCGGAGGAGGACGACAUUAUUGCAGUUCCAUUUGAAAGUGACAGUCCUCCGUCGGUACGUUCAAUUCUUUUACACUGCAUUCAACUGGGAGAAUAG